GUCUAUCUCAUCUUUUUUUUUUUUUCUUUCACCUUUCCCUCUCUCUCUCUCUCGCUCUCUCUCUCCUUCUUCCUGCCCGCUGUCAGCCGCUGGAGGAUUUUUGUCGGGAGUUUCCGAGCGUCUCUGCAUCUGUGAGUACCGACCCGCCUGUGAGUUCUCCCGCAGCUGGAGCCUCCUCCGGGUCCGGGAUGGCCGUAACGGAGCGCUCCGCUGGGACGUGCUGCAGCCUGAGCCGGUAGAAAGUUGAUCUCCGCGCGGCUUUGAACGCAACUUUCCUGUCAGAGCAAAUCACAAGUCCAACGAGUGAGACGCGUUCUGGUGAGGAUGUUGUUGUGGCUGGCUUUGUUCCUGCCCGCCGUCUCCUCGGCUCAGCGAUCGGAGCCCAUGUUCUCGGCUGUAACCAAGACUGUCCUUCCUCCCGACUACGACAACAACCCCACCCAGCUCAACUACGGCGUGGCCGUCACUGAUGUGGACGGGGACGGAGACCUGGAGAUGUUUGUAGCCGGCUACAACGGCCCGAACCUGGUGCUGAAGUACGACAAGGAGAAGAAGAGGCUUGUCAACAUCGCCGUUGACAACCGCAGCUCCCCUUUCUACGCCCUGAGAGACCGGCACGGCAACGCCAUCGGGGUGACGGCGUGCGACAUCGACGGGGACGGCCGGGAGGAGAUUUAUGUCCUCAACACCAACAACGCCUUCUCUGGUCGGGCGACAUAUUCUGACAAGCUGUUUAAGUUCCGUAAUGGACGCUUUGAAGAUCUGCUGAACGACGACAUUAACGAACACAGAGAUGUUGCCAACCGUAUGGCUGGGCGCUCAGUGGCCUGUGUGGACAGAAAGGGCACAGGACGUUAUGCUAUCUACAUAGCUAACUAUGCCAGUGGCAACGUGGGUCCUCAUGCUCUCAUUGAAAUGGAUGAGGCAGCGAGUGACCUUUCACAGGGCGUCAUCGCCCUCUCCAACGUGGCAGAGCAGGCCGGAGUCAACAAGUUCACCGGAGGGCGAGGUGUCGUGGUGGGGCCCAUUGUCAGUCAGAGCAUGUCCGACGUCUUUUGCGACAACGAGUACGGACCCAACUUCCUGUUCAGGAACAACGGAGACGGAACUUUUACUGAUGUGGCGCAGCAGGCUGGUGUGGAGGACCCCAUGCAGCACGGCAGAGGGGUCGCUCUGGCAGACUUCAACCGUGACGGCAAGACAGACAUCGUCUACGGGAACUGGAAUGGGCCUCAUCGCCUGUACAUGCAGAUGAAUAACCGCAAACAGAAGUUCAAGGACAUAGCGUCCCAGAAGUUUUCCAUGCCAUCCCCGGUUCGCACCGUCAUCGCUGCAGACUUUGACAAUGACAACGAGCUGGAGGUCUUCUUCAAUAACAUCGCCUACAGGGGUCCAUCUGCCAACAGGCUCUUUAGGGUGAGCAGGAGAGAACAUGGAGACCCCCAGAUAGAAGAGCUGAACGUCGGGGAGGCGUCAGAGCCUGAAGGACGUGGAACUGGUGCUGUAGCCACAGACUUUGACGGUGACGGGCGUCUGGAGCUGCUGGUGUCUCACGGGGAAAGUGCAGCACAGCCGCUCUCUGUCUACAGAGUCAUCCAGGGAACCACCAACUCCUGGCUGCGAGUAAUUCCCCGCACCAAAUUCGGUGCUUUUGCCCGAGGAGCUAAAGUGGUGGUGUACACCAAAAAGAGUGGCCCACACACACGGAUAAUCGAUGGUGGCUCAGGGUACCUGUGUGAGAUGGAGCCUGUUGCUCACUUUGGCCUUGGUAAGGAUGUUGCCACGAACGUCGAGGUGUACUGGCCAGACGGCCGCUCGGUGGCUCGACCCCUGGAACCCUCAGACGUCAACACAGUGCUGGAGAUCCACUAUCCGAGAGAGGAGGAGGAGGUCACUCCUACCGUGGAGAUAGAGUGCGGUCAUGGGUUUGCCCUGAAUGAGAACGGCCGUUGCACAGAUGAAGAUGAGUGUACCCAGUUCCCCUCUGUGUGCCCCUCUGACCGCCCUAUCUGCACCAACACCUACGGCAGCUAUAAGUGCCGCGCCAAGAGGAGAUGCAACCAGGGCUUUGAGCCCAACGAUGAUGGUUCAGCCUGUGUGGCCCAGGUCGCCUACUUUGGGGGUACGCGGUCGUCUGGGGAACGCAGGUGGUCGGGCAUUUCUAUCUGGCUGCUCUCCGUCUCUGUGCUACCACUCGUCUCCUCCCACCUCCAGACUGGACUCCUGUAGCUGUCGCUGUCUUUUCCCCUUCGCAACUCUCUCCACUGCUUCCUGGGGAUGUACAGAAAACUCUCAAAGCAAACUUUUCACUGAAACAUCUCUCCCUCCUUCUCCUCUGUGGAUCUCUGCUAUCUUUUUUCCCGACGGUUAUUCACAGCCUUCGCCCACCGCUCUCCGCUGGUAUGUGUCGCCUCUUGGCUCCCGGCCCCCUCUGGACUGUAAAGAAGCACAUAGGGAGCAUGCACGCUGGGAGCUACGGGGUUCACAAGUAACUGUGUCACACCCCGCAGAGCCCUCACGUCAUCACCUGGCACUUAUCUUAGUGGGACCUGAACCGAAGCCAAGUCAAUAAGUCGAGCUGCAGCACAUAAAGCACUGCGCACACUGUACAGCAGACAGAUCUACUGAGUCCACACACCACAUUCAUUAGAGACACGCUGAGGCCCCAUCUGUAUCUCCACAGUGCCACUAUAUUAAUCCUUACAAUGUCACUCUCAGUCUUAUUAUAGGCUUAAUGGGAUGCUGAGGAGCACCAGGUCUCCAAGCUUUAGGUUUUCUGUGUGUGUGUGUGUGUGUGUGUGUGUGUGUGUGUCCGAAGAGACAGCUGGGUAGAGAAACAUAUGCCAGACCAUCUGUCUCGAAUGGUAGCUUACAUUUUGUUACCUAUGAAUAACACAACAGCACAGUGGAGAACAUAAAUGCGUGUGUGUGUGUGUGUGUGUGUGUGUGUGUGUGUGUGUGUGUGUGAGCACAAGAGUUGGCAGGAGUAAAUUGAAUUUGAUUGAGUACAGUAGCCUGAAGGUGUACUUGAGUCAUAAUGCAAUUUUUUUUAAUGAUCAGCCACUUAAAUUAAAACUCCAGCCUUCAAUAUUCACUGCUAAAAUUAUAAUUUUUUAAAUUGUUCUCAUAGAAGAGGAAAGUGGAAACAGUCGAUCCUCCAUCAGUGAUUCCAAGUGGUGUUACUGCCUGUGCCGCUGUCGCAAAGACGACCAGGUUGCUUUUGGCUUGCCACGGGGAAGCAGCUACCAGCAGCACAGGACAAAAUAUCUAUGUAACAAAGAUGUGAACCAAUUAGAAGAGGUGGCCAGACUGCCAGACUGACUCGAUAACCAGUCAGUCCUCGUCCUCUUGGGAGAUUUCCUGCCAAGAGAACUGCACAGCGAAAUGGAGGUUUAAAGGAGAGCCGAUCUAAAUGCUCGUGUCAUUAUUCCAGAGCUAUUUACAUUGUGCAGUCACGUUUAUAGCAAAAAAA